AUGGAGGCUCCUCUGGAUCUUGGUCCUACUGGCACUGAGGAGGCAGAACCUGAAAUCAUUCAGACUUUGCAUGGAUGGUCAACCUCUGGUGCACCACCGGGGCCUGAUGUAGCGGAGACGGAACCUGUGGAAGACCAGCAGCCAUCGCUCCAUGACACAGACCCAUCAUCAUGUUCAUCCCCCACCAAUGGGCCUGACUCUGGCCUCACCGACAUGGACUGCCCCAUCUGUUUCAGCAGAUAUGACAACUGUAGGGUUCCCAAGGAACUGUCCUGCAAGCACAACUUCUGUGCGGUCUGCCUUAAACUGCUGAUCUGUAAUGAGGUGGGCACCUGGCGGAUCGUUUGCCCCAUCUGUAGGGCUCUUACCCCGGUUUUUGGAGGACUCGUAUGCACUUUGCAAAACCAGGAGUCUCUUAUGAGCAGGCUGGAGAACCCUAAGCCCAAAGUCGAGGUCCUUCAGCCUCCAGAGGUGGUUUUAAGACUGGACGGCCAUAGCCAGUGUGACCCAAGGGACGACGAACGGCAUGGGAACCUGAGAAUCGCGACUAGGAGGCUCGUCAUACUAUUGCUAAUUUUGCUCAUUGUUCUCAUUAUCAUCAUGCAGUUUCUCUACACGGGGAUCAUAAAAUGGGUUCUUGGCUUCACCCUCGGCAUUGUCGUCAUUAUCACCGUCCUGCUCUGCUUCAACCCGAACUGCAGGAUGAGCUUUCCCUGGGCGGCCAAUCAACAAAAUGGACAAUGACGUUGCCUCAACUGUGUGAAGUAUAGACUGAAACGCGCAGGGUUAGAGACAUGGAAUGAAAUGCAUUGCGUUAAUGCACAGACUAAACCGCGUUAGGUCGAUGCUUGGACUGAAAUGCAUUUGCACGAUGGACAGACGACAUUAGGCUGAUACACAGCCUUCGAUGGGGGAGCAUGCCACAUCGACUGACAUGUGAUACAUGCACAAACUGAAAUGCGUGAGCUGCAAAAUGUACCUUGUAUUGACUGUGGCACAAUCGAAUUGUCUACAUUAGGACUGCACUCAUUCCC